UAGUUUCGUAAUUGCGACCGAGAAGCAUUCGUUCGAAAGUUUCGUUUUCCGAGCACUGCCAAAAAUGAAAUUCAUCAUCGUAGCUAGUUUGGUGUUGAUUGCUGUUGUUUCGGCCCAGGAUAAGUACACAACCAAGUACGAUGGAAUCAACAUCGAAGAGAUCCUGAAAUCGGACCGCCUUUUCAACAAUUACUACAAGUGCCUUAUGGAUGAGGGCCCGUGUACUCCGGAUGGCAAAGAAUUGAAAAAAAUCCUUCCGGAAGCACUUCAAACCGAUUGCGCAAAGUGCAGUGAGACUCAGCGUUCCGGUGCCAUUGCGGUGGUCAACAAUGUGAUCGAGAAUCGUCCGGAACAGUGGAAAAAACUGCAAGCCAAGUAUGAUCCGGAAAAUAUCUACUUUGAAAAGUAUCGCAGUGAGGUGGGAACAACGGCUAGCACGGUGUAGUUAUGGAUCCACUGUAAUUGUUACAGCUGAAUCGAUAUAGUUUAAUGAAUAAUAGUAUAUAAUGAUGCCCAGUUGAUUAGCAAAAAGUGCUUGGGAUUUGAGGAUCCCAAAAUUAAAUUCACGUGUCGGUAUUAAUUGAAUAAAAAAGUGCGCUUUCAUCAAAACAA